UUCCCAACCUCAGCGCACCAACCCUUUACCAAUGCGAGUUAACAUUAUAUCACCCGUUAAGGAGUUUUGACUAACACAACAGUUCUCAUCUGGCUUCACAGCACCUGUUCUGUUGCCCAUGGUCACCGUUUUAAGAAAUGUGUUAUUUAUAUAAUAUUAUUUAUAGUCCCGGUCGGCGGAUUUAUGAGGAUGGCGAUGAAGCACGAUGCGGACGCAGAUGAUGAUCCACCCUACAUGGUGAUCAAGACCAGAGACGACCACAGAGACCACAACUUUAGCAGAUCCGAACCUCCUCAACACAUAUCUUCUGUCCCUGGCCGAGGGGAUAUGUUUGGCAUGGCUUUCCAACUGGGAGAGGAAUACGAAAAGAAGAAGAAGAAACUUCAACAGGAGCUUCGGUUGGACUACAGGAGCUUUGUUUCCAAGAAAACAGACCUAAAUUUGAAUCAUCCCUCCACUCAACCCGAAACCCUGUCCUUGCUCUUUGACGAGCGGAAGUCGGCUAAGGAGAAGCUGAGGGACGAGAGGAAGAAGGAGUACAACCUAUUCCUCAAGGAGCAGGAAGGACUCAAAUCGGGCGUCUCGAAGAGACAGUCCAGCCUCCCUUCUAAGUCGUCCCCAUGGGGGCUCGACACGGACCCCUUGCCGCGGUCAGCGGGCGCGUCCCCCGUCCUGUUGCCCGACCACCACCAGCACUCUGACGACGGUUUCCACGACGACCCGCCUCCUCCGGCCAGGCGGGGGCGGUCCACGCCGCAGGAGGAGGACGGAGGCGGGCCGUAUCCCAGACGACGGCGGCGGCAGUGGGAGGUGGGCCGUGAGGCGGGGGAGACCCCCGCGGUGGUGGUGCUGAGGGGCGGAGCCUAUGAGAGGAGGAGACCCCCAAGGAGGAGGGGUAGGAGGAAGAGCCGGGCGGAGUACAGCUCCGAGGAGGAAGAGGAGGAGACGGCGAGCGGCGAGGAGGAGGAGCUGGAGUACGGCGGGAAGGAGUACGACCAGGGGACGGACGGAGGGCGCGGGGGGGCGGGGCGCCGGGAGGGGAGGAGGAAGGAGGACAGAGCAGACAGGCGUCAGAGGAGCAGGAAGGAGGACCACCUCGUCCCCCCCCAUCAGGCCACCAGGGGGGGGGGCGUCCUGAAGCCCCGGUCAGCAACCUCCAGCAUGAAUCGACCCGCUACCGACCCCUUGGCCAUGAUGACCACGGAGCGCGCGAGGUCCGCGGCACCCCGGCCCCGCGCCGAGGCGGUCGCCACCGGACUGGCGAUUGGGGCGGUGGAAGGGAGCGAGGUCGCUCAGAUGAAGAAGGAGCGCUACCGCCUGGAGCUGCUGGAGCAGAUGGCCGAGAAGCAGAGGAGCAAGAGGAGGGAGAAGGACCUGGACAUGAGGUCGAUCACCACUGGGGCUUCAGACCCUGAGAAGAAGCCUGACCGCUUCGCCCAGCUUGGGUCCUCCACCCCCCGGUACGACGUCCUAGGACGGGGGCCUCCCCAGGGGGACCAGAGGGAGGCCCCGGGGGCCGAGGCCCCCCUGGAGAGGUGGCCCCCCCCGGGGAGGCCGCGGGUCGGCUUCUCCAUCCCGGGGUCGGCGCCCGUCAGGGGGGUGGCGGGGCCGGGGGUGCUGGUUCCCCCGCUGCCCCCCUCCACCCAGGAGUUCCACCGGAGCAUGUCCACCGCGCUGGGGGAGAUGGCCGCCCCGAGACCGGUGGGCCUGCCCCCUCUGAUACCGCCCGCUCUGACGGACUCCUACCGGACGCCCUACGACGAGGCCUACCGCUACUACGGAGCACGGGACCCCCUGGACCCCAACCUGCCCUACUGUCAGUACCUACUGCAUACACAAUCGAGACCCCCUGGACCCCAACCUCCUACUAUAACCCUCAUCAUGGUGGGGGAGCUGGAGGAGGAGGAGGAGGGUACCAGCCUUUGGCCCCUGGCCCCCUAG